AUGUCCGACGAGCCGACGCUGCCCAGCCUGCGCUCGUCCAUCUCGUGGAACGCGCAGACGGAGCGCUUCAGCAACAACCCCCGGAAGCGCAGAUAUAACUUUAGAAACCACUCGGUCGCGCCACCGUCAUGGUCCAACUCGAGCGACCCCGCCGUCUUCUCCAGCGAUGACGACCCGGGCCUGGACAACUACGUUGAGGGGCGGCGGAAGAAGAAGAAAUACGUCGGCUCUUGGUUCCACCAGCAGCCCGCGUCCUCCUCCGACUCGGCCACGGGAGAGCCGCGGCCGGCGUUGAGGGGCAAGCGGACGUUGAAGCGCGACUUGGACAGUGGUGUGUGGAUGGGCAGCGACAGCACCGAUGGUGACGAAAGCAUCAUGAUGCCCGACCUGCCGACCCAGUCGAGGCUGCCCCAGCUGAACCUGGCGCCGCCUCGCCGUCGCAACGUCGUCUCGGCCGAGGAGCUCGAGGCGCGGGAAAGGAUCCAGCAGUGCCUGGACGCCGGCAAUGAGUACAUUGAUCUCUCCACGAUGGGACUUAAGACGCUCUCCGAUGCCACCAUUCGCCCCCUGUCCGAGUUCUCCUGCAUCCCCAUCGUAGCCGAAGGCGUCCCGUUCGAACAGAAGGACCCGACUCUGCAGCUCUAUCUCUACCGCAACCCUUUGAUCAAACUGCCCGGUGCCAUCUUCGAUCUGCAGCACCUGACGGUGCUUUCGCUUCGCGGGUGCCGACUGAGAGAGCUGCCCCCGGCCAUUGGCAAGAUGCGAAGCCUGCGCACCCUGAAUCUUGCGCAGAACCUGCUCAGGUGCCUCCCCGCCGAGCUGCUCGGCCUCAUGGCCGCCCCCUCCAGCCUGGAGGAGCUGCUAUUGCAGGGCAACCACUUCUUCCAGGCCGCCGAGCGCCCGCGCCUCGCCGACCUGGAAACCCUCGGCGGCUCGGAGGACUCGGAGCUGGUCGAGGCGUGGAAGCCGGGAUUCGACGGGGUCGCGGCGAGGUUUGCCGCGCGGUCGCCGGUGCACUACCUGGACAGCUCGGGCUUCUCGCACUCGGAAUUCCGCCUUGACCCGGAGGCCGUCAUCGUGCAGACAGAUCGACAGGACGGUGAAGAAGGAAGCGCGUCCGCCGCCGCGCCGUCUUCGUCGGCACCAUAUCACUCCAAGUCCGCCGGGAGAUGCGUGGCGAGCGCCAAGGGCAGCCGCGUGCCCAGCCUGAUGGAGCUGGCGCUGCGCAGCGCUUACAAGAGCUCCGAUUUGAACGAGCUCCCCGACUACAUCCCCGAUUCGCUGGGUCACCUGCAGGCCUUACUAGAGCGGGCCGCGGACCAGCGCGAGGUGGGCGGGCUCACGUGCUCCGUGUGCAGGAAGCCCUUUGUGGCGCCGACCACGCAGUGGCUAGAGUGGUGGCAGGUUUGCCUGGUGGAGAGCCGGCAGAAGGAGGACGGUUACGCCGUCAGGGCCAGGCCGUGGACCGACCUGGACGAGGAGAACGACGGCGCCGUCCCGUUUUUGAGGAGGGGUUGCUCGUGGAAGUGUGGUCCUGCCCACGUCAAGGAGGGACAGUGGACGAUCUGA